AUGGACCCUGGGCUAUUUGCCAGGGCUCUUGCAUUCAAUGAGAAGAAGGAGAAACCGGACAACAAGAGGCCAGGAUCUAUGGAGAAGCACGCACGAAGCUCAACAGAAAAGGCACUGCCACCUCGUCCAACACCUCAUCCGCUCAUGGAACAUCCCCUUCCUCCACCGCCAACGAAAGCGAAGUCGUAUGCUGUCAACGUCAAUAUCAACAAGAGCAUGAUACUCGAUGAUGAGUUGAUCAAUGCCGUCAGUUCGCUUCGGGGCAAUGAUACUCCUCGCAGUGGUACUCCCACCCGGGAUCGUGCGCCGCGAUACAAGUUUGAGGAAUACAUCCCGCCUACAGCCGCUCCUCCAUCGAUAUCCAUCUCGCAUGCCACGCCUACCGCGGAAAAGCGAAACUCGGAAUACGAACUUAGCCAAUUACCGAACAAAAGACACUCUGCCGACAGUGUAUCGAUAGCCGACGGCAGUUCGAACGGAGGUGAUUCCGAACCACCCUCCCCCGUUAGAGAGACUCUUUCUAAACUGGAGAGCAAGCCCCCUCAACUUCCAUUACCCGACUUGCCACCUCCAAGCCCAAGCUUCAGCUUUCGUUCCUACGACUGGUACCAGGAUAUCAUAGGCGAUCAACCAAAUGGCGAGCCGAACACACCCACCGUUCCUUCGCGCAACCCUGCGCGAACACCAACAGAAUCGACAUUCCCUAAACCACUUUCUCUUUCUCCAAAGAAGGCGCAGUCCGCCAUGCUACACUCGAGUCUUAUUCCAGAACCACUUUCACCUGGUGCACCUCCUGCUGCAUCAGGGUUGCUUUUACAUCCAAGUUCAACGGUACUGCCCAGUCCUACGAACCCGAACUUUCGUUUAUCACCAACUGUUUAUACCCCUCCGCGACAGCAGUCUCCUUUACCACCAACAGCACCACGUCGAGCCUCCGCGCGGGCUUCUACCAUGACCACAGCAACCCGAGCGACGCACGAUUCGCGAAGCUGGCUCCCGGACGAUGGACUGUAUCUUGCUGAAGAAGGCGACGAAUACGCCGAAUACAAGACUUUCCAUCGACCUAGCGAGGACAGCAGGCCUACAAGCUACUCGCCCUUGACGUGA